AUGGCGCCUUCCAAGAAGUCGAUGGGCAAGCUCCCUGAUAUCCCGAAGGCAAAGCAGGAUGCCAAAGUCCGAAAGAACAUGACGGCGAGGAAGAACCCCUCUGCCAAAGAACAAAAAGUCCCCAAGAAGGGUGUCAAGGUCACCACUCGCCCAAAAAGCCGGGCCCUGAUUCAGUGGAGGAGCACAGGGGAAGAACCCUUACUUGUGACGCUCCUUUGGGUGCAGUAUACCUGUGCCAAAGAGCACGGCAAGAUGCCCUGGGAUGAUAUCAUUCCUCAGUGCUUCACCGGAGUGACAUCAACGGCAUUCACUCAAUUCCUUGCCCGAGAGCGCAAGCGACUCCUCAAGAUGGGCUACUGUGUUCCACCUCUCCCCAGCCAGGCCAAGAGCCUGGAGAGGGACCAGAACAUCCGCGGUUAUAUCAAUGCGCCGACCGCCGACAACGAGAAUGCUAUCAGGCCCAAUGGAGAGUCACCUCAGCUUCCGUUUGGCCAGGACCCUUGCCAGGCUCAUGCUCAGUCGGGCCAUCUUGUGAACAACGACGAAGCGCAGCCGAGUCACCGGGUUCACGACAUUCCCAACCCUCAACAGCAGGCCGGAGAAUUGCUGUUCCACCACGUUCAACAGUUCAGUCUGGCCCAACACGAUGCCCAGAACGAUGCCAAGAUCCAGCAGCAGCCAUCCCACUCGGCGCAGUAUUCGAGCCAGCAUAAUCAGAUAGAACAAGCCAAUCAGGAGUGGCAAGCUCAGCAUCUCAAUGAGGGCAACGACAUGCAACUAUAUAGGCAAGCGAUCGAAGCCUGGAAGCACGACGAACCCCCAAACGAAGCACGGAUUUAUGUCGAGGGUCUCCCUCCCAUGGCAUACUAUCUUUUCAAGGUGCCUGCGAGCGUCAGUGGUGGCGUUUCCUUGAUAUCCGGCACCGAGAUCAUGUACCCGAUGCGAACCGAGAAUGGCUAUACGACAUAUGCCAUUCCGAUCCCGGUCAACUUGGGCAACUAUCUCGACGACCCCAAUGGUCAGGAUUUUGGUGCCCCAACCCCCUUUGGCAACUCGCCGACGACGAAUCUAGCCCCGGGCUCUUCGUCACUCAAUGAGCCAGCUUUUCAGGCUUUGAGCGAUGGCUCCAGUGAUGUCAAUCGUGGUGGAUUCAACGGUGGUUUUCAGGGUGAACAUCACUUGCAUGAAGAUGCCAAUCACCUUGCCAUGGCGACGGGCUCCGCCCACGUGGGCGACGAUCAGGGAUUCGGCUUCAACGAUUUCGACGCGAACUUGUUCGACUUCAGUCAAUUCCACUGA